AGGAGUAUAUGGCGUUAUUUUCCUAUCAAAUGUCGAGAGCGCAUUAUUGUAGCGCGAAAGUACAUUAAUAUAAUGCGCGAGCGCGAAUCUCUCUGCUCGCGCGCGGAAUAUAAUGUGCCGAGCGCGAAUCUCUCUGCUCGCGCGCGGGAACUGGGCGCGCGCUCUCAGAUAGACGCUGCUCUUGUAAGAAUUUUCUCUGGGCUCGCUCAGAAAAUAUGCCUGCACUUAAAACGUGUCCAGUGCAAGCGCGAAUCUCUCCUCUUCGCUUAAAGUAAGCGUGUAUGCGCACAGACUGUGUCCCGUGCGUUCGCGCAUGCCUAAGUACUCUUCUCUACGACUUAUUUCUCUUUGCUCUUGGCAUAAACACUGUCAAAACGGCAACAACCAAUCAGAAAUAGGCUUCAACUACUGACCAAUGAAAACGCGACAUAGUACAUGGAAUCUUAUUGGUUGAUAUUGAAUCGCACAUGGAAUCAGAAUCACUUCGUUCAAUCAAGACGAGCCGAGAUGGAUCCGCCGAAUCGACGAUCUCAGAUCUUGCUUAGACGACUAGUCUUGGACAGAUUACUGAAUAAGCUGCAGUAUAUUGUUAACCAUUCUGCCUCAGGCCUCAACCUUGAUUAUCUACAUUUCAUUUGCACACAUGAACUAAUACUCAUUGAUGCAUUAGAAGAACUUGUUAUCCCAGAAUGCAUUGUAAAUGCCCUUAGAGACCUCUGUAUUUUGGUGAGAGAGCAGGUUGAAAAUGAAACAAAUGAAACGCUUCAAAUUGAGGUGGAGGCAGUCGCAGGAGUUAUGGGACGACCUAAAUUCACAGUUGAAAAUGAGAAGAUUAAGUCCUUGCUAGACAUUCAGCUGCCCGUCCCUUGCAUAGCCAAACUGUUAGGAGUUAGUGAAAGUACAGUUUUCCGUAGGAUGAGAGAGUUUGGACUGUCUGUGUCAGACUCCUAUAGUACAAUAGGUGACCAAGAGCUUGAUAUGUUAGUGACCAACAUCAAGUCUCAAAUGCCUCAUGUGGGCUAUAGAUUGAUGAUGGGAAGGUUGAGAUCUUUAGGUUACAAGAUACAGUGGAGCAGACUGAGGGCAUCUAUGCACAGAGUAGAUGCAGUUGGGAUUUUUUCCCGCAUGACACAGCUAGGCUGUGUAGUGAGGAGAAAAUACUCUGUCAGGGCCCCUCUCAGUCUAGUGCAUGUGGAUACCAACCACAAACUGAUAAGAUACAACAUUGUCAUAUUUGGGGGCAUUGACGGUUUCUCCAGAAAGAUAAUGUACUUGGAUGCAGCUAACAACAACAAGGCAUCAACUGCCUUUACCUUCUUUUUACAAUCCAUUGAGAAGAAUGGUGUGCCUUCAAGGGUUAGAGGUGAUCAAGGAGUUGAGAACCUCGACAUUGCACGCUUCAUGUUCACUGUAAGGGGAACAGACAGAGCAAGUUUCAUUUCUGGGAAAAGCGUACAUAACCAAAGAAUCGAACGGCUCUGGCGUGAUGUGUGGACAGCGGUGACUACCACAUAUUACGAUACCCUCCAUGGUCUUGAAGAAGAUGGCUUGCUGGACAUCUCAAACACACUACACAUUUUCCUUGCCCAGUUUGUGUUUCUUCCCCGUCUCCGCAAAGACUUGCAGACAUUUGCUGAGGGCUGGAACCAUCACCCUCUCCGCACUGAGGGAAAUAUGACCCCACAUCAGUUGUGGGAGGUGGGACUUAUGCAAAAUAGCAUCAGUGAGCUUGAAAAUUUAGAGGAUGUAGAGGACUGUGACAUGGACUGGGAAAGUGCCAUUUUCCAUGAGGAACCAUUAACAGCAUUUGGAGUUGUGGUUCCAGAACUCCUCCCCCCUCUAAAUGAACAAGAAAUGAGAAGCCUCCAAGCUGCUGUUGACCCUACAGUGACAUCACACUCGAAUGGUAGAGACAUCUAUAUUCAGUGCUUUGAUAUUUUUCACUGACAAAUUAUGAAUACGCUUAAUCUAUUGUCCUUUGCUUGUUCAUAUCUACUUGAGAUGGAAACAUGUAUUUUCCAAAUAGACUUUAUUGAACAUAAGAAAAAAAAAAAAUUCAAAUACAGUGAACUUAUUGUAAGAUUCAAUAUCACUCUCUUUUAGGGUGUUACCCUAAACUAAAACUGUAGUGAUUGUCACAAAGAAGUAUGUGGUGCUGAACAGUGUUUGUGGAAUGCUUACCAUAUGACAGCUUAAACUCUUUAUACUAACAUUUUUAUCAACUUGAAACUGUAAUACACUGUCAUACAAGCAAUAAAUUCCUGGCAAAGAAAUUGUG